CAAAACUAAAAUUUUAUCUAUAUAUAUAUAUAUAUUACAGAGAUGUAUCGUUGCCAAACGUGCUCAAGUACUUUCAUUCGCGAGUCCUUUAUAUGAGGAACGCACGAGGCUCAAUAGAAAUUCGCUGUCAUUUUUUGUUUUAGCCGGCAGACACGUCGGCAUUUAGAUCGUUGUAGAUACAUCUCUAGCGCAUCUCGACGCAUCUAUCUUUCGACGGGCAAGGGUCGGUCAAAAUAACAUUUGUAUGUUGCAAAUCUCUCUGAGUUAACAAAAUGUUCUCGAGAAUGUCGCAAAGGCCAUUAAUCGUUACGAUUAAAAAGAGCUCAACCUGCUCACAGUAUUUCAAUGUCUUACAAAGGUAUAAUUUCUCCUCCCAAAGAAUACCUCCUGAUUUGAAGACUCAGAAGAAAACUGUUACAUCAUUUCCACCAUUGACAGACCCCAUCCCAAAUUUGCCAAAAGCAAUUUAUUCAACAGUAAAAGAGGAGCAUCAAACAACACAGAUCACAGUCUUACCAAAUGGUUUGAAAGUUGCAUCUGAAAAUAGAUUUGGACAAUUCUGUACCAUAGGUGUUCUUAUUGAUUCGGGUCCACGAUAUGAAGUGGCAUAUCCCAGUGGUAUUUCUCACUUUCUUGAAAAGUUAGCAUUUAGUUCUACAAACACAUUUGACAGUAAAGACAAGAUAAUGCUGGCGCUAGAAAAGCAUGGUGGUAUAUGUGACUGUCAGGCAUCUCGUGAUACAUUUGUUUAUGCAGCAUCAGCAGAACGUCGCGGAUUAGAUUUAGUAACUCAAGUUUUAGGUGAUAUUGUAUUAAGGCCUCAAAUUACGGAGGAGGAGGUACAAAUUGCUAGACAAACAGUACAUUUUGAAUUGGAAUCUUUACAUACCAGACCAGAACAGGAACCUAUAUUGAUGGACAUGAUUCAUUCUGUUGCAUAUAGACAGAACACAUUAGGUUUGCCCAAAAUCUGUCCAGAAAAGAACGUCGAAAAAAUUGAUAGGAAAAUUUUACACACUUACCUCAAGUAUCAUUAUGUACCAAAUAGAAUGGUAGUUGCAGGAGUUGGUGUUGAGCAUGAUGAUCUGGUCCACGCCGUUACCAAAUAUUUUGUAAAUCAAAAAGCUAUCUGGGAGGAACAACCAGAUCUUAUUCUGCCACAUAAUGAAAAUACCGUUGAUACAUCCAUUGCACAAUAUACUGGAGGACACAUUUUGGAGGAAUGCAAUGUGCCGAUUUACGCGGGACCCAGUGGCUUGCCUGAAUUAUCACAUGUUGUUAUAGGCUUAGAAGGCUGUUCUCAUCAAGAUCCAGAUUUUGUUGCUAUGUGUGUAUUAAAUAUGAUGAUGGGUGGCGGUGGCAGUUUUAGCGCGGGUGGUCCUGGAAAAGGCAUGUAUACGCGUUUGUACACCAAUGUGUUGAAUAGGUAUCAUUGGUUAUACAGUGCAACCGCAUACAAUCAUGCCUAUGCAGACACUGGUUUAUUUUGCAUUCACGCUUCAUGCACACCGUCUCAUGUGAAGGAUAUGGUAGAAGUAAUUGUACACGAGAUGGUCUCCAUGACAAGUGGAAUCUCUGAUAACGAAUUAGCGAGAGCGAAAAAACAGUUACAGUCAAUGUUGCUUAUGAAUCUGGAACAACGACCCGUUGUAUUUGAAGACAUUGGUAGACAGGUCUUAGCAACUGGUACCAGGAAACGGCCAGAAUACUUCAUGCAAGCCAUUGAUGGAAUAUCUAAGGACGACAUUAAUCGAGUAGCGCGACGUUUAUUAAAAUCGCCACCUUGCUUAGCGGCACGCGGCGAAGUGAAGGCUGUACCUCCCAUGGUGGACAUUUCAAAUGGCUUGCUCGACGCGCAAGGUCGGUUGCCCGGUUCUCGUAGCAGAUUAUCACUUUUUCGUUGAAAUCAUGCAUAAGAUAUUUAAAUCUUCUCCUAAAUAAAAAUCGCUUAUCCAUAUCCAGUUAUCCAUAUAUAUUAAUAAAACGUCAAACAUUCGUUUUUAAACUAAGCUAAACUUUGAAAAUAUAAUAUGAUACGCAUUGUAUUUUCACUGUUAAACACAAAUUCAAAUUAUUAAAAUUAAUUUUUUUUUUAAUAUAACGGUGUUACCAGAUAAUGUAAUUAGAUGCAAUAUUAACAUAAAUUUCAAUUAAUAUAUAAUAUGCAAAACGUUCCUUGUGUACAUUAUCUAGAUUUUGUAUAUACGAUAUGAAGAUAAAGUUAAUAAAUUAGAAAGAAA